GCAUCACCAUAAAGAAGAAGAUAGUGACACGUGACUACUCUGUGUAUUUAAGCCACCAUUUCCUUCUAGAUCUCCAUGCUUCUUCCAAGCAUCUCUCUAUUUCCUAGUUAGACCAAUUGAAUCCAUUUCGGUCAACUUUCUACUGUCAUAGUUUGACAACCUCUCAUCAUAUUAUGGAAAUAUAGGCUAUCCCUGAUAUAGGAGAUAGUAGAAAAUAUAUUUUGAUUAAUAAGUAAAGGUAGUCAAGGCCCCCAGAGCUCCUCCUGGAGAUCUUUAAAGUGUGGGCGCCCUUGCUUAUCCUGCCGUUUCUUCAAUCCACUACAUUUUUAACAUCCUUUACUAUGAUGUGCUUACCUUCAUACACAACAUUUGCACGCACUUGACACCUUAAUUCAAUGAUAUUCGAUUAUGGCUUGUAUCAGCAAAUCUAAAGCUGCGAGGUUCAAUGCACGCGCUCUGACCAAGCUUCAAGCUGCUAUCGAGAAGGAUCCGGAGAUUGACCUUACAGCAAAAUUGCCGUUGAGGUAUUCCGCUCGUUUGAGUGAUAUGCGCCAAAAUUCCCAUGUUGAUUUAGAGAAUGCAACCGUAGUUGAAGGCCACCAAGAAGACGACAUUCGCGCCUCCAUUUGCUCGACAGACUUGGCUGAGAUCGUAUUCCCUCUAUCCGACACGGUGAAAACUCUGCUCGGAAUGUCUGGAUCAGCCGUAGCGCAGUCACAUUGUCUUGCGCAGCGAUUGAUUGAUGUCAUAGGUGCCAGCAAGGUUGUCUGGAAGGGUCCCUUUGCCCGUCAGAAAAUGGUCUUGAGCUGUGGUCAUAACAUCAUUCUCAAAGCCGUACGAGAUCUGGACGAUACAACUGAAUAUACAACGCUAGUCUACCUUCACCAGCACAAACCGAGCAUAGCCGCACCAAAACCUCUUGGUUUUAUUCGAAUGAACGAUAUCUCGCUCAUUUUUAUGACUCAUGUGCACUCGACCACCUUGGCUGAGGUAUGGCCAUUACUAAAUUUAGUCCAAAAAGCUGCAAUCAAGGAGCAGCUUACAUUAAUCAUGAAUGACUUGAGGUCUCUGCCGUAUGAUACAGGCACACCCUUUGGAGGGGUUAGGGACGAAGGCUGUAAAGAUAUUCGAAGACAUCUUCGUCGGAGUGCCAAGCCUAUUUUUACUGUCGAUCAAUUUGAAGAUUUUCUGUUCACUACUGAUCAGGCUGGUGGUGAAGUCUUUGUUGAUUUACUUCGUCAGCUGUCCCCUUCUACUCAUUCACCUUCACCUGCAAUUGUUUUUACGCAUGGAGACUUACGCCCCGAAAAUAUUGCUGUGGAAGCUAAAAACAAUGAUUGGAUCAUCAGUGGUCUCAUUGAUUGGGAGUAUAGUGGCUUCUAUCCCGAAUAUUAUGAAGCUAUCAGGUGCACAAACAGCAUGGCGCCGUAUGAAGAGAAUGAUUGGUUCCUAUUCAUACCUGAUUGCGUUUCACCAAGAAGAUACAUGCACUGGUGGCUUUUUGACCGGGCUCGACAAGUAAGAGUAAUAUAGAUGAUGAUAAAAGACUAAACAUAUGAGUAUAUAAGUGGGAUGGCAAUAGCCAUAAUUUAGAGAAUAGGCCCUCUUUUCUCCUUCAAGUCCUUUCUAGCCUCGCGAUAAUCCUCAUCGUCCCUAUCUAAAAUAAACUCGUCUUCCAGCUUGUCAAGUAAUUCAAGCAUAUAAUCCUGGCAGUCCCAUUUAAUAGUCUCAUUGUUAACUUGCACAUGCU